AUGAACUUGAAGUACUUGUUCCAGCGUUUGGCUAUUGAUCAGCCUGGUUACCGUAGCCCAAGAAUGGAUACAAACAGAGGCAUAAUCGACGAAGAGCUGUUAACGUAUGGCUUCAUACCGAAUUCGAUUGAAGGUAGCGGAUUUUCUGAUGAACGAUCAAGCGACCAAGCUGGAACAGAGAAUUUCGCCUGUGAGCACUCGACAAUAGCGUUGGAGCACAGAAAGUAUAUCCUGUACACUCACAACCGGCUAAGAAGUAAACUUGCGUUGGGUCAUCAGCCAAAUAAGCCCGGAUUGGGAAAGAUGGGAACUGGCAGAAAUAUAUAUUUAUUAAGAUGGGACUGCGAUCUGGAAUUGCUGGUUCAUCAACGUAUCCAGUCAUGCUCACCUCAUGUUUUGAUGAACAGCAGCAGACUUUCCGGAUCACAGCUAGUUAAACAUUUUGACAUCGGACUACAGGGACACAAUGUCUCACAUCAUAUCGAAGAUUCAAUGAGAACAUGGUGGCUUCAAUACAAGAGAAAUGGAAAUGUUGAUCCAAAAAAUCGAUAUUCGAGUAAACAGCUUUAUUAUGGUUGGGCGAAUAUGGCUAAGGGGAAGACGACUCGUAUUGGUUGCUCCUAUCAUCGCUGUAACGCAAACAUGAAAGCAAUUUUCUCCUGUAUAUACAGUGACAGCUUUUUUUUGAAGGUCCUUCCUACUAACAUGACUGUUCAGAGUUAUGACUGUGAAUUGGAGAGAAACGCUCAACUAUGGGCAGACGAGUGCGUAUUUGAGCAUUCGGAUAGGAAAAGGAGACCAAAUCAAGGUCAAAACCUUUACAUGACCAGUUUCCUGUACCUGGAACCCACGUCUUUGCUACAUAUGGCUAUUGAAAUGUGGUGGAAAGAGCUCGAAGAGUAUGGUAUACCUGCUAAUGCUGUUUUAUCUGAGUCUUUCUGGUCAUCUAAAGGAAAGCUCAUUGGACAUUUCACCCAGGUAAGAAGUUGUUUGACUAUCGUUCAGAUGGCUUGGGGCGAGACUCAUCGAGUCGGUUGUGCAGUCGGAAACUGCUCCAACAUGGGUCUGGUCGUCUGUCAUUACAGCCCUGCGUAA